GCCGGGACCCGCCCUGCAUGCGCAGGGCCGAGCCGCAUAUUGCCUUCAGGAAAUGGCCUCUUCUAAAUCUUUGCUGAAUCUUCUAACCUUCACAUUUGGAUCAACAAUAGGAUUUUUCACAUGUUACAUGCUAUUUAGCAUAGUGUUGGAAAAACAGGUUGAGAUCCAACCUAAUAUUCUUCACAAUGAUCCCCAUGGUGAACACUCAGAAGAAACUGGAAGUGAUCAGCUGGAAGGACAAAUGAACUUCAAUGCUGAUGCUGGGCAGCAUCAAGAUGAGAACAAAAAUAUUGCAGAAGGACUGUAUCAGAAGGUGAAAAUACUUUGUUGGGUGAUGACUGGGCCUCAGAAUCUAGAGAAAAAAGCCAAGCAUGUUAAAGCGACUUGGGCCCAGCGUUGCAAUAAAAUACUAUUUAUGAGCUCUGAGGAGAAUAAAGACUUUCCAACUGUGGGACUAGAAACCAAAGAAGGCAGGGACCAACUGUACUGGAAAACUAUUAAAGCCUUCCAGUAUGUACAUGACCAUUAUAUUGACGAUGCUGAUUGGUUUAUGAAAGCAGAUGAUGACACAUAUGUUAUACUGGACAACUUGAGAUGGCUUCUUUCAAAAUACAAUCCCGAACAAGCAAUAUACUUUGGAAGAAGGUUUAAGCCUUAUGUGAAACAGGGCUACAUGAGUGGAGGAGCAGGAUAUGUACUGAGCAAAGAAGCUCUAAGGAGAUUUGUUAAUGCAUUUAAAACCAACAAAUGUUCUCAUAGCUCUUCUAUUGAAGACCUAGCACUCGGAAAAUGCAUGGAGAAUAUUAAUGUAGAAGCCGGAGAUUCAAGGGACACAAGUGGUAAAGAAACUUUUCAUCCCUUUGUGCCAGAACAUCACUUAAUCAGAGGAUAUCUACCUAGAACAUUUUGGUACUGGAAUUAUAAUUAUUAUCCUCCCAUAGAGGGUCCUGGAUGCUGCUCUGAUCUGGCAAUUUCAUUCCACUAUGUUGAUUCCACAACUAUGUACCAGUUGGAAUACUUGAUUUAUCAUCUCCGACCAUAUGGCUACCUAUACAGGUACAAUCCUGACUCACUCAAGAAUCUAGAAAAGCAAAUCAAAAGCAAAGCAAUGGAUAAUGAUGCCGAAAGCUCCUGAAACUGAAUCAGACUUCUACCCAAUAAUAAGAUGUGGAACAACGCACUGAAAGAAGUAUCAUGGAGUGAAAAGCAACUACAUCUAGCUCAGACAGGACUCUGGAAUUGCUAGUAGUAAUUCAUUUGAAUUUUAAAAGUUCUGUGUUGAGGGUCUUCCUCUGUGACUGCAAACUACAGGUUUCAUUGUGCAGUUCUUAUUCGUGGGGAUAGUGGGACUUUUCACAUGUUAGGACUGCAGAAUCAGGUCCUAAAGCUUUUAUGUGAUCUGUGAAAUCUGUUGAGGUGGCUUUGUUACAAAUUCUUCAUGUUUAUAUUAUUGUAUUAAAACAAAUGGAUGGUGGUGAGGUUCAAGCACGAUUAUACAGUAUUUUCUAGUCAUUAUUUUUCUUUUUGCCCCAGUUCCCAUUAUUUUGGAUAAGUACUAAUGUUAGAAAUCCUGGGCUACAUAGGUUCAUCACUUUGAGAUGGUGAUGAUACCGGAGAAAUUUGACAUGAAGUAACUUGGCUGAAAAGAGAGAGAAAAAAGUCUUCAAAACCACUCCUGCCUUAAAAACAGACUUUAAAAUAUUUGGUGUAAUUAGUAAUAUUCUGCCUAUUUAAUGUCGAAAUCUGAAUUACUUCCCAAAUGAAAUGAACUUGUUACUCUUGGCCUCAUCAUAAACUUCCCCCAAGAUACUACUAUCUGUUCCACAAAACCACCACCCAGUUGGCUUGUGCUAAUUGGCGAAAAGCCCAGGAAUAGCAAGGCUAUACAUCUUGGAGUAUGUUGAAGAUGUGUGGAAACUUGCAUACCUGCCCACUCUAUGCCUCUUGGUGUGUACUCCUUGCUUGAAUGGGCACAAAAUUCAUCCAAAAGCUUUUUAAUGUACACAUGAUAGAAAUAAACCCCUUAUAAGUGCAAUUUCCUCCCCUUGUAUUCAUUCUGUAAGCCAAAAAAUGUUUGUGUGAUAACACUACAGUCAUACAAUAAAUACUUGUGGACAGCCAG